UUGCCAAAUGUUUCAGCAUGGCUUCAUCUUAACAGACCGCGUUGCUGUAUCCUCACGGCAUAUCGACAUUUCAUGCCGGCACGGGGGCCCAUCUCUUGGGAGGGGGAAAAGGGCUCAAUGCUUCGGUUGUUCGCUGCCUAUGGCCGACCCGCUACCAGGACCAUGAGCCAAUUGGGCAUUCCGCAACCCAAGCCCAUGGAGCUUCUGGAAGGUCUCAUGGCCCACAAAUCCAGCUUCCAU